GCAAGUCAGUAGAGCCGAGAGUCCCGCAGCGCGCGUACCUAAGUCAUCAGGAACCUGCGAAUCGCAUUCCGCAUUUGGAAACCGCACACGGAACGCGCGUGCGCGCCAGAGAGAGACAGACGCGCAACGCAUAGCUACGUACGCCCGCACGCAGCUCUCUCUCGGUCUCUCCCUCUGCCGUUUCUCGUACCGGUCUUUCUUUCCCGUUUUCCCUCCUCCUUCCAAUCUCCGUCGAUCGUUCUAUUUAUCCGUGGCGACGCUCCGUCUCUCUCUCCCUUCCUCUUCCGUCCUCCUUCGGCCCCUCUCCUCCCUCAUCUUCCCUCACCGCUGCGCGGCGCUUUUCGCGAUCUACCGCGCGCGCGCGGGCGCGUUCGCCAGUGGGACGUUUCUAAAAACGUAAUCAUCAACUGUGAACUCGCGCGUGCUCGCUCUCUCUCUCGACGAGAGCGAUCGUCAGGAUUCUGGGAAGCGACGUAGCAGCAGCAUUCGUCGGAAGCGACGAGGAAGAUCGACCGUAGAAGAGAAGAAGACCAAGACGUCGUCGGGGACUAGUGGCCGGAGAGAGAGAGAGAGAGAGAAAGAAGGAUCUCCGCGCGCGUGCGCGCGUUCUCGCUCGCGCCGACGUGCGACGUACAGCUCGGCAACGAGAGGAGAAAACGAAACGCGCAGCCCGGCUGCGUCGCUGCAAAAAAGGAACGAAACCGUGUGCGCGACAGGCGACGAGGCGACUUUACGACUCUCCCGUAAGGAGUGUCGCUCGCCCUCGCGCGUUCUCUCUCUCUCUCUCUCUCCCUCCUUACUUUCCUUUCCCCGCGACACUCACUCCCGCCCCCACCCGCGCGACUCCUCGCGAGAGUCUUUCCUCACUCUGCCCCCCGCUGCCUCCCUCGAACGCCCCCCUCCCACUCGGAGCCGUGUCGCCGUCCCCUUCGCCGCGUUCGGCUCGUUUCUUUUAACGCUCCUUCGUUAGUACGUCUCGACCGUCCGCGCUCGUGUGCUCUCCCGCGAUCGAGGAGAGAACCGACCUCCGUCGUCGUCCGUCCAUACCGCGCGACGUUCGUGGACUCGUGCGCGCUCUCUCUCUUUCCAAAUUCUCGUUAUUUCUCGUUACUUCUCUCUCGCUCGGUAUCCCUUUCUUUCUCUCUCUCUCCUCCGCUCUCGCACGCCUGUGUAUCAUUGCGUGCCGCGCGCGUCCAACACGCGCCAACAUUCGCCAUUGAAGCCACCGAGUACAAUUUGCGAUGUGUGAUAAUACUAACACGACGACGCAGAGUAUAGCGGACUACCUGUCACAGUUGCUGAAGGAUCGGAAGCAACUAGCGGCCUUCCCCAAUGUCUUCAUACACGUGGAGCGCCUGCUGGAUGAGGAGAUCGCGAAGGUGCGGGCGAGCCUUUUUCAAAUCAGUGGAGUGAAGAAGGAGCCGCUGGUGUUGCCGGACCCCGAAGGCGACAUCACGACGCUCACGGAGAAGGUCUACGUACCCGUUAAGGAACACCCAGACUUCAACUUUGUCGGGAGGAUUUUGGGGCCACGGGGCAUGACCGCAAAACAAUUGGAGCAGGAGACAGGAUGUAAAAUCAUGGUCCGCGGGAAGGGGUCGAUGAGGGACAAAAAAAAGGAGGAGCAGAAUCGGGGCAAGCCGAAUUGGGAACACCUGACGGACGAGCUGCACGUGCUGCUCACCGUGGAGGACACUGAGAAUCGUGCCACCUUGAAGCUCGCUCGUGCCGUCGAGGAGGUCAAGAAGCUUCUCGUUCCCGUGCAGGCUGACGGCGAGGAUGAGCUUAAGAAAAGGCAGCUGAUGGAGCUCGCGAUCAUCAACGGAACUUACCGGGAUUCGAACACAAAGGUUGCCGCGGCAGCAGCCUGCGACGAGGAGUGGCGGCGAGUAGCGGCCGCCGCGGCGGAGACGCAACGCCUGCUGCCGGGCCUGGCGACGCCGAUGCGGACGCCGAGCGCGCCGCUGGGCGCGCCUCUGAUCCUGUCGCCGCGGAUAUCCGUGCCGACCACCGCCGCUUCUCUGCUGAACGGCUCCGGGCCUCCGGGCUCGCUGCUCUCGGCCGGCGACCCGCACGGUCUCAUCUACGCGCCAUACACGGCCGAUUACGCCAACUACGCGGCUCUGGCGGCUUCGCCGCUGCUCACCGACUACGCCACUGCGGAUCACUCUGGCGCAGCGGCCGCUGCCAAGCAGCGCAGGCACCUGGGUCAGAUUCGCGAACACCCUUAUCAAAGGGCCGGCGCUCUCUCGUGAACACACGGAGACAGUGCGACACGCAAAGAGAGAGAGAGAGCGAGAGAAAGAGAAAGCGAGAGAGAAAGAGCGAGCGACCCCCGAGCGAGCGAGAGAGAGAGAAAGAAAAAGAAAGACAAAAAUAAGAGAGAGAGAGAGAGAGAGCACCGUUCUCGCGCCACCGCGGAAAGGCUUGGAGUGCUAACAAUGGAUAUCCACUCGCCCCGUGCUAACACCUGGACUCUGGAACAGCAUCCCGCGUUCGAUCGGUUCACCAACCAGCCGACCACCUUCGCCGUCCGCGUCACCAGCCCCGUUCGUCAAGCUUAUCCAUCAUCCUGUAUCCUCUUAAUGUUCGGGACGUAAUUUCUCGCGCGCAUCUCUGCGUACUAUAUAUUGUGAUUAUUAUUACGAGAAGAAGAUCAGGUCGUCGUGUCGUCGUCGUCGUCGAGCUGAUCGCGCGUUGCGCGCUCAAACUGGCAUUCGUCUCGCGAGGAGAUCGGCAUUAUGAUGACCUAUGAUAGCGUAAUAUAAUUAUGGUAAUUUCGAAAUCUUCGAAUCUGCUGGUGCUUACUACAUAAUCGAGCGAUUAUCGUCGCACUACGCACCCGAAUCGUUCUAAUUCACCUUUCCUUUUAUCAUUUUCUGGCUUACCUUUCAUCAUUGUGCCGCCGAGGGUUAAUCUUCCCGUUGAUCAAACGAAUGAUAAUAAUAACAAUGAUCUCUCUGCGCGAGAAGCUCGAUUCGACGGCGGGAGCACAACGGUCGGAGAGAAAAGUCAGUCGCACCGAAGAAUCGCAGGAUAAGAAUCGCGGACAGGAAACGUGGUAAAAGCGAGGUAAAAGAGAAAGGAAUAGAGGGAAAAGCGUGGAGCCAAAUGGGGAAAAGGAUUUCGCGCGCGUCGUGGGCGAAAAGAACGCGCGCUCCUUUUCCUCCGCGUUGGCUGGAAUCGCGCGGGACUAUUCCUGGCUGCUUUUUUCUCUUUUUUUUUUUUCUUGGGAAGCGAGUCAAGUUAUCGCGGGAUCCGAAUUCCGCGCGCGACGGUCGCAGCGGCGGCGUAGUUGACAGUUAGUGUGUAGUUUCUAGAUAUUACCGCGACGAUGCUUAAAUAUAUAUAUAUGUAUAUAUAUAUGUAUGUAUGUAUGUAUAUAUAUAUGUAUAUGUAUGUAUGUGUGUAUGUAUGUGUGUGUGUGUAUGUAUGUAUGUAUGUAUGUAUGUAUGUAUGUAUGUAUGUAUAUUUUUUUCCGCUCGAUUUCGUCGCGAGCGUUCUGUUAGAGCAGCCGCAAGUAUUUGGUUCGUUUUUUUUUUCUUUUGUUUGUUUUUUGAUUUUCCAUCUUCUCUCUCUUCUCGCGGCGGCGAAAGUAACGACACGUUGUUCGCGCUUUUUCUUCCUCGUCCCCCGUCCUCCCCCCACCAGUACUUACGACCACGCACUGGCAUCUCUCGUCGCGCACCGGAGGUGGCAGCGCGAUACAAAGAUAUACGAAAAGAUAACCGUGUAACUUAAGGGAAAAGGAAAAGAAAACGGAAAAAAAAAAGAUGAAGAAGUAGACAGGGGAAGAAAGGUACCGACGACAAUCUCGCAAUCUCGGGUAACAUACGUGUUCUCGCGCGCGCGUUUCCCGAUCGUGACGAGGUCGUCGCGCGCGAGAAAGGAAGAGAGAGA